AUGAUGAGAACCGUUCUGCCCGCAUUGGCUCAAGCUGUUGUUUUGAAUUCCUCUAUUGAUGGAGGAACAUUUGGAAAUCUGAAGGAACAGCUUCAGUGCAUGUCUGCAGCCGUAGUUGAAGCAUAUAAUGUACUGCCUAAUUUGAAUCUGCUCAUUCCUACUCUAAUGGAUAAAGGGACCAAAUUUUCUUCGACAACUUUGUCAAUGGUUCCAGGCAUACCCAUCAAGCCAAUGCUGGCAAAAAUUACUAAUGGAAUACCUGAAGUGUUGAAGCUCUUUCAAAAUAAAGCUUUUACAUGUGAAUAUAAAUAUGAUGGUCAGCGAGCUCAAAUUCACAGAUUAGCUGAUGGAUCUUUCCAUAUCUUUUCACGAAAUGGCGAUGAAACAACAUCCAGAUUUCCAGAUUUGGUCAACAUAAUUAAGGAAUCAUGUACUCCAGCCUCUGUAACUUUCAUACUGGAUGCUGAGGUAGUUGCAGUUGAUAGGAAGAACUACUGCAAGCUUAUGUCUUUCCAAGAAUUAUCUACGCGAGAGAGAGGAAGUAAAGAUUCCUCAAUUGCAGUAGACACCAUAAAGCUAUGUGAAUUUGUCUUUGCCCUUCAGCUCUUAGUAAAGCCAUCUCUUUGUCAAUCCCGGAUAGCUAUAUUCUUUCAAUAUAUGCGCAUUUUUGCCUCUGGAUAG